AUGCGAAGCGCUCUUAUUUUUGUCGAAAGAACAACAGAGAUGUCUCAGACCAACUGGGAAGCUGAUAAAAUGUUGGAUGUCUAUAUCCAUGAUUAUCUGGUUAAAAGAGAUUUAAAAGCUACAGCUCAGGCUUUCCAAGCUGAAGGAAAAGUGUCAUCGGAUCCAGUCGCUAUUGACGCACCUGGCGGAUUUCUGUUUGAGUGGUGGUCUGUCUUCUGGGAUAUAUUUAUUGCUAGGACCAAUGAGAAGCACUCCGAGGUUGCUGCAUCUUACAUCGAGCAUGAUUUCUUACAUUUGAACUGUGUUCUCUCUAAUACUUUUGUAUUUGAAGAUAAAAUUUUUAACAGCGACCCGGUUAUGAGGCAAAAUCCUGGGUCUGGGAGUGCCUUAGCAAAUAAGGCAUACGAAGAGAGGGUCAAAAUGCCUACUCAGAGGGAUUCCUUGGAUGAGGCUGCGAUGAAGCGUUUUGGGGACAAUGUUGGGCAACUGUUGGAUCCAAAUCAUGCAUCGAUGUUGAAAUCUGCUGCAGCUUCGGGACAGCCUGCAGGGCAAGUGUUACAUGGCGCAAGUGGUGGUAUGUCUCCACAAGUGCAAGCUCGAAAUCAGCAACUUCCUGGGUCUGCAGUGGAUAUAAAAAGUGAGAUCAAUCCCGUGCUUACUCCCAGAACUGCUGUUCCAGAAGGGUCGUUGAUUGGAAUUCCUGGUUCAAAUCAAGGCAACAACCUUACACUUAAAGGGUGGCCACUCACCGGAUUUGAUCAGCUUCGUUCUGGUCUUCUUCAGCAGCAAAAACCAUUUAUGCAGUCUCCGCAGUCUUUUCACCAACUCAACAUGCUGACUCCGCAACAUCAACAACAGCUCAUGCUGGCACAACAGAAUCUAAAUUCACAAUCAGUUAGUGAAGAGAACAGAAGACUGAAAAUGCUAUUGAACAACCGUAGCAUGAGCCUCGGAAAGGAUGGCCUUGGCAGUUCUGUCGGGGAUGUGUUACCUAAUGUUGGGUCGUCUUUACAACCUGGUGGCCCUCUUUUGGCUCGUGGAGACACGGACAUGCUACUAAAGUUAAAGAUGGCUCUGAUGCAGCAGCAGCAUCAACAGCAGGGUGGUGGAAAUCUACCACAGCCACAGCCACUUAGUCAGCUUGCCCUUUCAAAUCAGCAAUCACAGAGUUCAAAUCAUAAUAUUCAUCAACAAGAUAAAUUGGGAGGUGGGGGUAGUAUGACGAUGGAUGGUAGCAUGUCAAAUUCUUUUAGAGGAAACGAACAGGUACUGAAGAAUCAGAGUGGGAGGAAAAGAAAGCAACCAGUUUCGUCUUCUGGGCCAGCUAAUAGCACAGGAACGGCUAACACCGCGGGACCAUCGCCAAGCUCAGCACCUUCUACACCUUCAACUCAUACUCCUGGAGAUGUAAUUUCUAUGCCCAAUCUGCCUCAUAGUGGUGGUUCCUCCAAAGCAAUGAUUUUGUAUGGCACUGAAGGAGCUGGGACUCUUACAUCUCCGUCAAAUCAGUUGGCUGAUAUUGAUCGAUUUGUGGAAGAUGGGUCACUUGACGACAACGUUGAGUCUUUUUUAUCCCAUGAGGAUGGUGAUCAACGGGACGCUGUUGGGCGGUGUAUGGAUGUUAGUAAAGGUUUCACGUUUACUGAAAUGAAUUCAGUACGUGCGAGCACAAGCAAAGUUACCUGUUGCCACUUCUCAUCGGAUGGAAAAAUGCUUGCUAGUGCUGGGCAUGACAAAAAGGCUGUACUAUGGUACACAGACACAAUGAAGCCAAAGACCACCCUUGAAGAGCAUACGGCUAUGAUAACAGAUGUCCGUUUUAGUCCGACCCUGCCUCGCCUUGCAACUUCUUCAUUCGACAAAACUGUCAGGGUUUGGGAUGCUGAUAAUAAAGGUUAUUCCCUUCGUACUUUCAUGGGACAUUCUUCUAUGGUAACGUCACUUGACUUCCAUCCCAACAAGGACGAUCUCAUAUGCUCCUGUGACAAUGAUGGCGAAAUAAGGUACUGGAGCAUCAACAAUGGAAGUUGCACAAGAGUGUACAAGGGUGGUAGCACCCAGAUGAGAUUCCAACCACGUGUAGGAAAGUAUCUCGCUGCUUCAUCAGCAAAUGUUGUAUCUGUACUAGAUGUUGAAACACAAGCUUGUCGACACUCUCUCCAGGGCCAUGCUAAUCCGAUAAACUCGGUUUGCUGGGAUCCUUCGGGCGACUUCUUGGCAACGGUUAGUGAAGAAAUGGUAAAAGUUUGGACGCUUGGGACAGGCAGUGAAGGAGAGUGUGUUCAUGAGCUGAGCUGUAAUGGCAACAAGUUCCAGUCUUGUGUUUUCCACCCGACUUACCCUUCGCUACUCGUAAUUGGUUGUUACCAGUCUUUAGAACUAUGGAACAUGUCAGAAAACAAGACCAUGACAUUGCCGGCUCACGAGGGGCUGAUUGCGUCACUGGCGGUUUCAACCGCAACUGGAUUGGUUGCAUCAGCUAGUCACGACAAGCUAGUGAAGCUGUGGAAGUGAAAGAUCAAAAAAAGACAAGGUUGUGUGUUUAGGUAUUAUUAUUCACGGGGAGGGCUUCUUUUAACUUGUGUUUCUCUUUGUAGUUUCUUUCUCGGCCAAUCAUCUCCGAUCUCUCAAGAUAGUUUUUCAGAUGUUGGACUACGUUGUUGUACGAUCUGACGUAAUCGGGAUCUCGAGGGAUUGUGAAAAAACUGUUGUUGUAAUCCUAGUUUUUAUUUUCGCUCAGCUUAAUUAAUUACUGACACUCUUUUACUUGGGUUUGGUUUUAUUACGGUUAAGCUGCUUGAGAAUGUGUUAAUUCAUAUCUAUACUGGAAACGCUUGAAAAAAAG